AUGGCUGGGAUCGGAGGAAUGCCCGGCGGCAUGGAUGGUUCGAAUGGCCCACAGGGGACGGAAUACACAUUACAGGGUGUAAUGCGCUUCCUACAAACAGAAUGGCACCGACAUGAGCGCGACCGCAAUGCAUGGGAGAUUGAACGGGCAGAGAUGAAGUCUCGCAUUGGUCGAUUAGAAGGUGAUCUACGUACAAGUAAGCGCCUGCAUGAGUCUCUCGGGAAGCAUGUUCGGAUGAUGGAGACCGCUCUGAAGAGAGAGAGGGAGAAGGUCAAGAAGCUUUCGAACAACGAAAAGCCCCAAGACUCCGAGGACCCCAAAGAUGCUGCGCGUGAAAGUGUAAACUUCCUGAAAGCGCAUCGUCCCAAGCCGAGUACCGACCAUGAGAAAGACGAAGAUCCCGACAACGAAAACCAGCAUGGAGGUCUGAUUGAAGACAUGGACAAAGUCCGAGGAUACCUGUCCAAAGCCUCCCACGAGAUUGCGUACCAUGUUAUACCCGCCUCCCACCCGGCACCUGACAUAAACGACUCCGACAUGUCAGGCCAGAUCUAUGGUAAUUCGCAGCUGUCGCAACAGAACCUAGAGGAGGCUUAUCUUCAGCAGCAACGUCAGAAAACGAAUCAUAUUAUGGCGCGUGAAAUGGCCUUACAGAAUCACCAACCGAUGUCCAAUCACUACUCCGACAAUGCCAUGGCUCGUGCUCAAAACCAGUAUCUUCCCCGGGAUGCCAUCGAUCGACGGUCAAUGGACCUGCAGCAAGCCCCCGUCGCACCAGUCCAAAGUCGAAACCAAUCAAAUGAACAGGGCACAGUGGACGAUCGGCCAAACCAGGCAUACGAGGGCCAAGGCCCUCGGGUGGUCGUUAAGGAGGAUGUGAAUCUGCCAAAAUUGACCGAGGGAAGAACAGAGGAUGUGGAUGGGUGGAACUUUGACGAGCCGCCGGAGCAGGAACUCGUGGCCACCGAUUCCAUCCCGCCUCAUCGCCCGGAUACCGAUGCUUUCCCAAAUGCCAAUUUUAUGCCCUCCGAGUUGACCAAGAGCGGGCCCCUGUCCAAUCACGGCAAGAGUUUGAUAUCAACACAAAAGAGCGAUGGUACAAUUGACACCCGGGAAGCCGUCACGACCUCCGGAAAGCACGAAGAUUUCUGGCUUCAGCUUUCGCUGCGUGGCCAUUUAGAUGUGAUCCGAUCUGUCAUUUUCACCGGUGGUGGUAGCCCAACAUAUCCCGAGAUCUGCACUUGCAGCGACGACGGAACGAUCAAGCGAUGGAUCAUCCCGCCUACUUCUGGUAACUCUGGAGCUGGUUCUGGCCAGAUCCCGGACAUCACGAGCUCCUUUACUCACCGCGGACACGAAGGCGCUGUGAUUUCUCUCGCCGCCUGCUCACCGUCUCAAAAUAUCUCUAGUAGCGGCCGUAGCUUGGGUGAUGGAUGGGUGUUUUCAGGUGGCCAAGAUGCUAGCGUGCGUGUGUGGGAACGUGGGCGGGUUGACCCCAAGGCCACUUUGCAAGGAGGUCAUACAGAUGCAGUCUGGGGACUCUGUGUUCUUCCCGGGAACGUGGGAUCUGUCUUUGGUGACUCAAGCAGCCGCUAUGGUGGAUCUGAUCGAAUCCUUCUGGCUUCCGGCGCAGCAGAUGGCUACGUCCUCAUUUGGGCUAUCAGCGACGUUUCUCAACCAUCCUCACCCCCGGUUGUAAAAACCCGUCAGCGGGCGAACUCAAAGUCAAUGUCUUCCGGUUCCAACAUCCAAACCGUUCCUCAACCCAAUGUCGCUACAGGUACAACUCUUCAGUAUACCAUUGUUCAUCGCAUCCCCCGCAUCAAUUCUCCUUCCCCAACAUGCAUUAGCCCCUUGUCACUUGCAGGCGUCAACUUUGUCGUCUCCUACUCGGAUGCCUCUAUUAUUGUGUACGACACGCGGACCGGCGAAGAAAUUGCGGGUAUGGCCAGUCUCGAGACAUAUGAUGGCACGCCAGCUACUGGGGUGAACUCGGUCGUCGCUACCACUAUCGGAUUUGAUGGAACAAUUAAUCUUGAUCCCAACCGCGCGAUAGCCGAAGAGGAAGCAAUGGUCCACGGAGCUACUGGGUCAAGCAGCGUAGAGGGUGUGAUCAUCAGUGGUUACGAGGACCGAUACAUCCGCUUCUUUGAUGCGAAUAGUGGUCAAUGUACAUACACAAUGCUCGCUCACCCUGCUGCAAUAGCCUCCUUGUCAUUAUCUCCAGACGGGCGUCAGCUCGUUUCGGCCGGCCAUGAUGCAAGCUUGCGAGUCUGGGACCUUGAGAAGCGCAGCUGUACCCAGGAGCUGACAAGCCACCGGAUGAUGCGUGAUGAAGGAGUUUGUGCCGUGGCAUGGAGCCCUGAUGGUAAAUGGGUUAUUGGCGGUGGUGGAGACGGUGUGGCUAAAGCCUUUUCCCGAUGA